AUGCGUUCUCACCUAAAUCGCCACCUCCGCGAAGUCCACGGCCAAAAAGCAGCCAUUCAGCGUACUGGGCUCUUUGCUGCACUGGUGGCCGCUGUAAAUCCUGAUUCCACAAUUCCUUCUGGAGAUGAACAACCUCUUAGCUCAAGAGUUCUUUCAGGCAAAAUUGAUUCCAGCCAACCGGAACCAAUGUCUUUAGUUAGACCUAUAGCAAAAAGUGAGAACAUGCUUAUGUGA